AUGUCGAAAAAAGCGGCUGAAUCGGGGUCUCGUGCUGCAUACAUCCCGACGCGUGUCCUGAUCGGCCACUGGGUGCACUCGAGCGAGCCCGAGCCCAACCAACACGCCGUCUAUGGCAUCCUCAGCCGCGAUGGCAAGCUGCGCUUCAAGCUCGUCCCCGAGACCCGCGACGGCCGCGCCGUUCAGGGCAACUACCCGCCUUCCCGCGAGACUUGGGUCAUUCACGAGGAUAUUGUCUUUGAGUCCUACCUCUCCAACCUCAACCGUCUCGGCAUGAAAGAGUACUGCCGCGAGCGGGGCCGCCAGGUGGAAGCGGGCGAGAAGCCCGGCGGACCAGACAAUGCCGCCAACAUCCUCAAGGCCGUCGACAAGGCCGAGCAUCUCUGUGCUGCCGCCAAGCAUGAGCGGCCCCGCAACCUGCGCUGGGAGCGCGAAAAGUGCGCCGACCGCCGCCGCGCCUCAGGCUUUGCUGACAGCAGUCGCGACUCCGCGGACGUGAGUACGGCGUCGUCGGUCACGGACAGCUCGGCCGACGACACCAAGCCCAAGGUUUACAACGGCGUCGUGUACCAACGCAGCCCCAAUGGACCCUUUGCCGGCAAGCUCACGGCCAAGGGCCAAGUGGUUUCCAUCAACGGCGAGGACUAUGUCGAAUACCGCGUUCUUGCCAAAUGUGCAUUAUCUUUAAUCACUGAAUACGACGACAUGAUCCUACGCUAA